UUCAUUGUGAAGUAGAACUAGCAAGUUCUUGAGUUGUUAGCGAGUAAGAGAGCAAGACAAGGCAUUUCUCUUUCUUUGGAAAAAAGAUGGCUGAUUUUUCUGGUCACUGGGCUUUUACAUUUGGUGUCCUCGGAAACAUUGUCUCAUUUUUCGUUUUCCUUUCUCCACUUUAUGUGCGCAGGCCAACUUUUUAUAAAAUAUAUAGGAAGAAAUCAACAGAAGGCUAUCAAUCAAUUCCGUACGUGGUUGCUCUAUUCAGUGCAAUGCUUUGGAUUUACUAUGCGUUUCUCAAGUCCAACACCACCCUUCUCAUCACUAUAAACUCUUUUGGUUGUUUCGUUGAAACUAUAUACGUUGGCUUCUACCUUUUCUAUGCACCAAAGAAAGCACGGGUCCAAACUGUAAAGCUACUGCUUUUAUCAGUAUUUGCAGGGUUUGGAGCUAUUGUCCUUGUUACUCAGUUUCUAUUCAAAGGAGUUGUUCGUGUGCAAGUUGUUGGAUGGAUUUGCCUUGUGUUUUCCUUAUGUGUAUUUGUAUCCCCAUUAUGUAUAAUGAGACAAGUUAUUAAAACAAAGAGUGCGGAAUACAUGCCAUUUUUCCUCUCUGUUUUUCUCACUUUAAGUGCUGUUAUGUGGUUCUUCUAUGGUCUUCUAUUAAAAGACUUCAAUAUUGCUAUUCCAAACGUAUUGGGAUUCAUCCUUGGUAUCCUCCAAAUGGUGCUCUAUGUCAUGUACAAUAAGAAAGAGGAAGUCAUUGUAAAGGAGCACAAGUUUCCUGAGCUACAAAAUCAUGUCAUAAUCUUACACAAUGACAAGAAUCUCCCAGAACUAACUGAAGAACAGAUUAUUGAUAUUGUUAAACUUGCUUCAUUGAUUUCAUGUACAGAGAAAUUUAACGUUGCUUCAUAUCUGCAUGAAAAUGUAGCUGAAGUAGCUAAAGAUCAUAGGAAGCUGCCCAAGCUGCAACCGGUGGAAAUUAAUCUGAGACUUGGCUAGUAAAUCAUUCGCUAAUUUGCCGCUUCGCGUAUAUCACAAAAUGCACAUAAAUUUACAUUAUAUAUAUACACUGAUAGAUACAAUUAAUGAGGACUGUUUUGGAUCUAUUUUCAGCUAGCUACAUGUAAUUAAUACGAACUUGAUGACGGAUAAACUGAAUUGUAUGUAUUAAAUUUCUCAGUUAAUUUAAGCUCUGGUGUCCGUCCCUACUCGUGUAUACAAAUUGUGUUAUAUCAAAUUAAUUUUGACAAUUUUCGUGCUUUCUUAUAUUA